UUGCGCACGUCGAGCACUCCGCCGGGACCGUCUGCCCUUUCGAAUUUGCACCACUGUUUUCGCGCCUGCAAUUUCUGACUCCUGACCUGGGAGUUGUGACAAAUGAAACCCGCGUGAGAUGGUAGAAGGAUUCCUGGAGGAGGAAAUAACCUCUGAGGUGACGAGGCGAUUGUGAUCACUGGGCAACUUGGGUGCCGGCGGUUGAGGUUAAGACUGUUUUAGUUGUUAUCGAGGCGUCUCCUGUUUAGUGGAUUUUUGGACAGGGAGAAGGGAGUUGAGGAGUGCAAGAAGGCGGUUGUCGAUGGGGCAAGGGUUGUGGUAAAUUGCGGGCGAUCGAAAGAAAUUCGGGUGGAUGGAGAGCGGAUAGGUUAUGUUUGGACGCGCGCACUUGGUGCUACGUAACCUCGCACUUUAGCAGCUAUGGAGUCCAGGACGGAGUUUAAAAUUAAGUCCCCGCCUUCCGAUGCCAUCUCAGCCGUUGAAUUUGGGCCCAAUUCUACCCAGUUUCUGCUGGUGUCUUCGUGGGACAGCACCGUUCGCUUGUACGAUAUACAUGCGAACUCUAUGAGACUAAAGUACAAUCAUGACUUGCCUGUGUUGGAUGUAGCAUUUCAGGAUGCCGUGCAUGCUUAUAGCGGAGGAUUGGGGCAGACCCUAAAAAUGUACGAUAUUAACAGCAAUACAGAAUCGGUUAUGGGAACUCAUGAUAAGCCUAUCAGAAAGAUUGAGUACUGUGCGGCAGUGAAUGCAAUAUUAACCGGAGGAUGGGAUGCCGCCGUGAAACUCUGGGACCCCAGAACCCCAACGUGCGUCGGCAGUUAUCUGCAACCCGAUGUAGUACUUGCCCUGUCCGUAUGCGGAGAUAAGUUUGUCGUUGGCACUGCGAAAAGAAAAGUUUGUAUAUGGGACUUGCGCAACAUGGCCGGCAUGUUCCAAAGGAGAGAGAGCAGCCUGAAGUAUCAAACAAGGUGCAUUAAGGGUUUUCCAAACGAACAGGGCUAUGUUCUCAGCAGUAUCGAAGGGCGAGUAGCUGUCGAGUACUUAGAUACCACGCCUGAAGCUCAGAAGAAGAAAUAUGCCUUCAAGUGUCACAGGAUAAAGGAAAACAACGUCGAACACAUAUAUCCCGUCAAUGCGAUCAGCUUCCAUUCCACCUACAACACAUUUGCUACCGGUGGCUCGGACGGAUAUGUUAACAUUUGGGACGGCUUCAACAAGAAGCGUCUCUGCCAGUUUCACAGAUACAACGCGGGCGUGGCCGCCCUUAGCUUUAGUCAGGACGGCUCCGUUUUAGCCAUCGGAGUGUCCUAUCUCAACGAAGCCGAAAUCCCUCCAGGUGGCACCGACGACGAGUACGAAAUUUAUAUCAGAUACGUCAACGACCAAGAAACGAAGCCAAAGUAAUUCGUCGCCCUUGUGUCGAUGUCCUUGCGAUUCCUGACGCAGUCCGGAAGACAGUGGUGAAUUUCUACGCGCGAACGAUUCCGAUUUUUUCGCGUUUCGGACACGACCGAAAGUCGCGUCGCAGCGUAAACUCUGCCGAAUGACUUACACGAGUACCGUAAGCGCGCUACUUGUAGACCGUAACUUUAAAUGUAAUUUAUGUAUAACAGAGAUAUCAAGAGGUUCGUGAAGAAACGAGAGACCGCUUCUUAGAAAA